AUGGAUAUGAGAUCAGAGGCUCGCAUUUCAAAGCUUAUGAUUGACCAUGAUCUAGAAAAAAAUGGCGAUAAAUUUCAGAUUUACCCAAUCUAUACCUCCGAGUUUCUUGUUCCAUUAAAGAUUGGCACACCUACUGUGCCACAAAUUCUUAUCAUGGACACUGGUAGUUUAUUACUUUGGGUUCAUUGUGGCCCCACCAUUGGUGGUGAAGGCUCACCAGGUCGGACUGAAGGAAAUCUUGCUUCUGAAGUUGUGACAUUUGAUUCAAGAAAUGGAACUGAAGUGACUAUCAAGCGUCUUAUGUUUGGAUGUUCCUCAAUAUAUUCUAAAGGUGCAGAUCGUUGUAGUGGAGUUCUUGGACUUGGACAACGAGCUAUUUCUUUAGUUUCUCAACUAAAUUAUACUGGAUUUUCCUAUUGUAUCGGCAAUAUAAAUGAUAGAAACUAUGAUUCAAACACAUUAGUUUUGGGAGGAGAGCCUAUAAUUAUAGCAGCCUCCACUCCCAUGUUUAUGCUUAUAGGCAAAUACUAUAUAACCUUAGAAAAAAUCAAUGUCGGAGACAAGUUUCUUGACAUCGAUCCAAACAUAUUCAAGAGGGUCGAUUACCAAGGUGGAAUGCUUGUUGAUAGCGGGGCCCCUUCAACUUAUUUGAUGUGGCAUUCAAUAAAUUGA